GGUUACAAGAUGGCGGCCCGGAGCGCGCUACCCGCGGCGCCGCGGCGGUUUUAAGACUGAGCCGACAUCUUUCCUUCUCAGGGCCGGGUACAGAGAGAGCGGCGCCCCACCCGGCCCGGGGACAUGGUUUUUGAGACUCCGGGUUUGCAGAUCAGGAAGUUCUCGGAGGUUCCCAGCGCGCCGGAAGCGGACCCGCGCGCCUCGAUCUUCGCCUCGGCCCUCGCUCAUCGCCGCGCCCACGAUCUAACCAGCGCUGCGGCGGCCGCCGGGAAGGUUCAGAAACAUGGCUAAAAGAAUUGCCGAGAAGGAAUUGACAGAUAGGAAUUGGGAUCAAGAAGACGAAGCUGAAGAGGUGGGAACAUUCUCAGUGGCCAGUGAGGAAGUCUUGAAGAAUAGAGCCAUAAAGAAAGCAAAGCGUAGAAAUGUUGGAUUUGAAUCUGAUAGUGGAGGAGCCUUUAAAGGUUUUAAAGGUCUUGUUGUACCUUCUGGAGGAGGAGGGUUUUCUGGAUUUGCUAGUGGCCCUGGAGUGAAGCCUCUGGAAGGACUAACCAAUGGCAAUAGCACCACCAGUGCCCCACCCUUUGCCAGUAUAAGGGUGGCAACAGAGCCCAAGGCAAUUUUUGGUUCUUUUGCUGCAAAUGGCCCUAAUACUUUGCUUGACAAAAAGAUUUCAAGUCCCAAAACUAAUGGCAGCAGUCUGCAGCCCUCCUCUUCCUCCUCUUCUUCUGACCUUGCGUCCACUAAAGCCUGCACUGGGAGUGCCUAUCACAAGCAGUUGGCUGGCUUGAACUGCUCUGUUCGAGACUGGAUAGUAAAACACGUGAAUACGAAUCCCCUUUGUGACCUGACGCCCAUUUUUAAAGACUAUGAGAAGUACUUAGCCACCAUUGAGAAGCAGCUUGAGAACAGUGUGAGCCUUAGUUCUGGAAGUGAAACUGACAGCCUGUUGAGUGAAACACAACCCCCUUCCCUGUUUGGUUCCACAAAAUUACACCAAGAGUCAACGUUUUUGUUUCAUGACAGCAAAACAGAAGACAAAUCUGAAAAGGCAGAGUUGAUGUCUGAAAAGAAAGUGGAACAAGCACAAGGAACAGCAAGUGCCUCAUUUAACUUUGGCAAGAAAAUUGACAGCUCAGUUUUGGGCUCAUUAAACUCUGGUCCCCUGACUGGAUUUUCAUUCUCCCCUGGAAAUUCUGGCUUAUUUGGUAAAGAUACUACGCAGAGUACACCCGGGUCUGCCUCAUUUCCUGCUAAGACAUCGGAGAGUGGCACGGAAGGGGGCAGUAGUGAGUGCAAAGGUGCAGAUGAGGAAGAGAGCGAUGAGCCUCCCAAGGUGGUCGUUACUGAAGUGAAGGAGGAGGGCGCCUUCUACUCCAAGAAGUGUAAACUAUUUUACAAGAAAGAGAAUGAAUUUAAAGAGAAGGGCGUGGGUACACUGCAUUUGAAACCCACAGAAAAUCAGAAGACACAGCUCUUAGUACGUGCCGAUACCAACUUAGGUAACAUACUGCUGAAUGUCCUGAUUCCACCCAACAUGCCAUGUACCCGAACGGGGAAGAACAACGUCCUGCUCGUCUGUGUUCCCAGCCCGCCGCUGGACGAGAAGAGCGCCGCUACCCCGGCAACUCUGUUGAUUCGCGUGAAAACUAGUGAGGAUGCAGAUGAAUUGCACAAAAUUUUACUGGAGAAAAAGGGCUCCUAAGCAGAAGUCAGCUGAAGAAUUGUUGCCAAAUUGCUGCUUCUCCCUCUGCCCAUAAACCUAGUCAGUUUAUCUUCUCUCUUUAAUUUGACAUUCUAAGAACUUCUAGAUAACUUAAAGAUUUUUGUGGGGAAGAUUAAGGCCAAUAAAACCUUUCAGUGUAAGUGUUAAGAAACUUCUCCCUUCCUAAGAACUGUCUUGUACUUUGGGAUGAAAAGUUGCUGCUCAUUCAUUGGUGAGCCUAAACUAACCACAGUGGUUCCUGAUGGACUGCGUCAAGGCGGCAGCUUUCCAGAGCUCUUCCGGCACCGCCGAGGUUCCGGGUCUUCUGUGAGACCAGCACUCUGACCAAAUGAACAUGCCGCUACACUGUGACCCACAUGUUUGUCCUUGGCUUUAUUUUUUACAAUUCAGUCUGAAUUGUGGGUAGAGUGAUCCCCGACAGCGUCCCUCGUCAGCCUGCUUUUUGCUGGCACCUGCCUUUCACCCUGGGGCUGCUUCAUAGUAAUGCAGGAACUGCCUUCUCCUGCCACCAGGAAAAGGAGUAGCAUGUGGAAGAUUUGGGUUUUAUGCAUUUGAUUUUGUGAGUUUUUAUUCAUGUGGUGCUGCUACUUUUCCCCCAAAGACAGUUAACAGUAGGGUUUGCUAGGAAUCGUGGAUUUUAAAAGCACAAAUUCGGUAGUUUUAUCAUUUCUACUCCAUGAACAGUAAGCCCUUGGGAAAAGAGUGGAACCAUCAUUUGUGUUGCAGUGGCCCCUGUGUACAUGACGGACUGAAGGAGGCACACUUGAUGACACAUGAGCCGUGGCCACAUGCUGGGAAGACCUGAGGAGAUGGGCACUGUGGGUGACCUUUGUCUUUGGCUACAGACAGCAGUGCUGUGCAUUUGCUAUCUGAAAAUUCCCACUUUUUAAAAAAUAAGGUAUGUGUCUGUUUGGAAGAGAGCCAUGGUUAUGUACAGGACUGUCCAUGUCACUUCUUAGGUGACUAAUACCAGCAUUCUUUGAAAACUAAACACAUGAAAUAUGCAAGAUUUGAUGUUUAGCCAACCGCGGUGGUUUACACCUGUAAUCCCAGCACUCGAGAGGUUGAGGCAGGAGUAGGAUCAUCAAGAGUUCAAGGCCAACCUGUCCAGGAUUUCCACUUUCAUUCCUCAUAAAACCACUUAAUGCUGGUACCAGGUGGUCUUGUUUCAAGACUCAGGGUUUGUAUCCACAGGCUCACACUUGUAUAUCUUGGUUGUUAAUGUAUUCUGGGUUAGGACAGUUGCUUUCUCAAACUUAAGGGGAGUGUGUGUGUGCACAUGCGUGUUGUGGUGUCUUGUGAUGAACCUGGUUAACAGUUUCUUGAAGUGCUGGGCUGGUGUUUGUUAUCAGAUCCUUCUGCUGCCUUGUACUACAGAGUUCUGAUCCCAGGGGUAGGGUUCAGCCCAGUGUGUGACUUCGGGCAUGUAUGCAGUGUGCUUGCGCUGCCGUGGGACAGAAUUGAGAGUUGUUUCUGACAUUUUGUAUGAGAUGUUGAUAACUGGCCCCAACCCAUUCACCUUAGGCUUAUCCAGAUUCUUAAUAAAGGAGGAGAUGAGGGGAACAAGUUUCAGGACAUUGCUGUUCAUGGUACCUUGUUGACAUCUCCAUGUGUCCUGGAUAGUCACCACACUCAAAAUGACUCAAAAUGACUGGAUUAGGAUUACUUUGAAAAAUUUCCCCAACCAUUAUAAUAAGUGAAAAGGCCUUCCCUUUUCCAAACAUUCCCAGCAAGUUUGCUGCUAAAACUAUCACUUUUGGAAGUGAAAAUUGCAGGGGAAUGUGAUGUGCGCACAGUCCGUUCAGGGGCUUGUCGCUGUCCACAUGCUAGUGUGGAAGCCUGCAGUGGGCAGCCAGCGCUGGCCCCAUGUCAGCUCCUCGUGUGGGGCUGGAGGGUGGCCCUCGGGGCCUUGCCUACUUCCCUCCCAUUGGUAGUUGCUUUCUGACCCAUGUGUUUAGUUCAGUUUAUGUUAUAACUGUGUUAAAAAUUAGGCAUUGCAUUGUUUAAUGUGAACUGAAAUUUUUAUCUUGAGUUUGAAGAUUUUUGUACCUGGCCUAAAGUGAUUUGUUUUUUCCUUGAGUCUGAUUGCAUCUUAACAAAUGGAAUCCCUGUGGUCUUUUACACUGAUGUGUGCAUCCCUUCUUUUCACACAUUUCCAGUAAGCAAAACCGUGCAGUGUCUUCCUGUUAGGACCUUGUACCAGAAAUGAGUCAUUUUUAAGGGACUUUGGGACUGUGUUUUAUAGACAUGUCUGGUUAUUCAUGGAUUCAUAUUCUGUUUUACAAUUUUAAUUCUAAAUCAAUUUUUACAUGAUGCAUGCCACAAAAAUACACACACACACACACACACACACACACACACACACACACCUUGCUCUGGGGUAGAAAUUGAUUCCAUAGUACUGUUGAGUUCAGAGUGUUCUCGGUGCAGCAGCGUCCAUCCCUGCCCAUCAUGUUCACGUUUCCAAAGAGUCAAAGGCAGUGCAUUUGACAGCUGUGCACACCAUGUCUUCAUUCCAGAGGUGAGAGUUUCAAGAGAAAGAUGACAUCUGUUCCUUGCAGGGUGUUUAGUGGCAGGUCUUCCUUCCAGCCCUGUGCACAUGUGUCAGGACUAAGGACUGUCCUUGCCGUGCAGACACAUUUUGUAAGGGAGUUGUUUUCUAAAACUACAAUACUUGAAUUGUCAAUAUGCUCUGUUUGCAUUGGUUUUUGAAUGAUCCCAUGGAACAAGUGUAACAGUCCGUGAAAUGUGAAUAAAUGGGAAGAGCCCACAGUGUUUGA